CACUCUCAUAUAUCCUACACCUGGCCUGGCCAGCUACACUCUCCUUUAACGUAAGAUUUUAUUAGCUAAACACAGCACUAUACCUUUCCCAAGCCGUAUUAUGUAUAUGUAGGGAAUAUCCAGGACCUGGACAUGGAAACCAAGGUGUGUAUGAUGCAACGAAUAGUUUACUUCAACUUCUUCUUUGGUCUCAAUUGGUUGGUGUGUCCACACUUUCUCUUACGACAGUUGGUAGCUCUUGGUGGCAAUCUGGCGUAACAUUUACGGCAGAUGGACUUUUCACAGUUGUACUUGGAAGCUAAAGCCUUUAAGGAUGGUUCAAUCAUCUUAACUUGCUGGAUUAACUAUAGGAAAAAGGAUUUGAAUGAAGAUUGAAAAAUUUGUUUUGUCUGGUGGAUUGCAGGUACCGAGUGAGUUACGUAAGCGGGCAUGGUGUGCGCGGACUGCAGGAAGCUACCAAGCCCGGCGUGCGCAUGAUUUGGAGGCACGUGUCAAGCCCAAGUUAAAAGGGCACCAGCCCUAGCACUACUCGCGGGCCACAGUGGAUACGUCGCAAAUGUGUCGCAAAUGUGUCGCGACAGGUUUGGGGCGACAUUUGGUGACUCCCAUGUCGCACCACC